CACGCGGAGCCUGAAGGAGACCCGAUGCCGGCAGAGUCCAAGCCCCGCCCCCUCGCCGUCCUCCUCCUGGUGCCGGUGCAACAGGCCCACCAGGAGUCAGUCAUUGACUGACAGGAGGACCGCAACGAUCCACUUUGGUUCCGCUCGCGGGGUCUCGGCUCUCCGCACGCCGCCAUCGAGCGCGGCGGUCGCCCGGAACCGGCGUCAAUCAGCGGGGCGGAGGGAGGGCGGGGGGUGUCUCGCUGAGGAGCGACACCGACCCGGCUCGGAUCCCCUCCGGUGCUCGCCCCCCUUUUCCCUUUUUUUUUUGGCGCCAAACGAAUGGAGGCGCGGCGCGACGCGGGCCUGCUGGGCGCGCCCCCGGCCGCAGGGGGCCAGGCCGCGGCCUCGCUCGGUCCCGCCAAGUCUCUGGCGUUCUCCAUCGACCGGAUCAUGGCCCAGACGCCCGAACCCAAGUCCAUCCCGCUGCCGGGCUGGUUCCGCUCGGCACCGGUGGGCCUCCCCGACGUGUGCCCGUCCUCGCUUCACUGCAUGAUCCCGCUGGUGCCGCUCGGCUACGACCCGGCCCACCACCGUCUCGGGCUCGCCGGCUUGGACUCUGCUCACCUGGACGCGCCGGUGGACUUGUUGGGCUUUGGGCUGAACUACGCGAACCAGCAGCAGCAGCAGCAGGAGGAGCCCGCCCAGAACCACACGGACGGCCAGUACAAACUGUUCCGUCCGCGCGUUGUGACCCAGUCGUCCUUCCCGUCCAGAGGUACCGUGUGCUACCUGAACUGUGGCGGCGACGCCGGCUCGUGCUCGCCGGCCGCGGGCCUCCUCAACCUGCACCCCAUGGCCUCCUACCUGCUGGGGGCCAGACACGGCAGAACCCUGCUGGACGAGCGCGGCAAGGCGGGCCUUCAGAACCCGGCCGAGCGCUACCACCACCACCAGGUCGGCCAGAACCACAUCCAGAACUUGAUCAAGGAGCGGGACUUCACGGACAAGAUGCUCAAGAACUCCUCGGCGGCCUCGGCGGUUCGUCUCGGAGGUUCUGGAUGCGCUGGACACAAACCCAAAGUCUUCACCUGCGAGGUUUGCGGAAAGGUGUUCAACGCGCACUACAACCUCACGCGCCACAUGCCCGUGCACACGGGCGCGCGACCGUUCGUGUGCAAAGUUUGCGGCAAAGGUUUCCGCCAGGCGAGCACCUUGUGCCGACACAAGAUCAUCCACACUCAGGAAAAACCUCACAAGUGCAACCAGUGCGGCAAAGCCUUCAACCGCAGCUCGACGCUCAACACGCACACGCGCAUACACGCGGGCUACAAGCCGUUCGUCUGCGAGUUCUGUGGCAAAGGAUUCCACCAGAAAGGGAACUACAAGAACCACAAGCUGACGCACAGCGGCGAGAAGCAGUUCAAGUGCUCCAUCUGCAGCAAGGCCUUCCACCAGGUGUACAACCUCACCUUCCACAUGCACACGCACAACGACAAGAAGCCCUUCACCUGCCCCACCUGCGGCAAGGGCUUCUGCAGGAACUUUGACCUCAAGAAGCACGUCAGGAAGCUGCACGACCCCGCCGGGGGGCAGUCGUCGCCGCCGCAGGCCUGAGACGCGCUAGGAAAACCUUUUCCACCAAGUAGUAUUUAUUCAUGUUGUUUGUCCUCCGAAAAGACUCAAGUGACUUUUUGAUGAAGGAACUUCUUGGAGGACCAGAAGUUGAUGACACACCGCUGCCCCAUGUGGAAAGAAGUAGUAUUACAUGCAAUCAAGGACUGUCACAAUAAUAAUAUAAAUACAAUUAUUUAAGAAUAUACUUGAUUGGUGACACACUGCUGCCCCCAGUGGAGAGAAGUAGUAUUACAUGCAAUCAUGGACUUAAAAAUAUAAACGCAAUCAUUCGAUGAUAUGACACACUGCUGCCCCCUGUGGAAAGUAGUAGUAUUACAUACAAAAUGGACUAUCCUAUAAUAAUAAUUACUAUUAUUAUUAUUACCUUCUCAUUGAUGACGCACUACUUCCUUUUUGUUCUUGAUAAUCAGCACUGUCUCUUUAAAUGGACACCGCCUACUUCCUGGCCAUAGCAGCUUGUUAGCCGUAAAGUCCACCCCUAACCCUUGACCUUGGACAAAAGAAGGUCUCUUCCUCACCCUGCUGACCCCCUCAGGACUGAUCUCUCCAUGACCUCUGACCCCUUAACGAUGGGUAAUGAUCGAUCAGAUUGAGUUGUUGUUUGCUAUUUUUGUUGAAUGAAAUAAAUGUCAUUGCUGACCUUCUGUCAUUGUUUUCAGGAUUUGUUGUUGUUGGGGUUUUUUUUAACUCCUAAAACUGGCAGCCAGCGGUACGCAAGAGUUAGACUCCGGCAUCGUGUUUACUGCAUACAUUUAGACACACGUCCAAUCUAACGACAACCAAUGCAAGUAGUCUUUUCCUCUUCAGACUGAAUCAACAGCGCCUCUGCUGGUUGCAACCAAGUACUGCACUCUAUUUGGACCCACAUUACUACAAGACUCAAUUCUAAAAGGUUAGAUGUAUUUCAAGG